UUCUCUUCAAACUACUCUCAACAGUCUAUUUCCUCUGCAAAUGUAUGUUUCAGAACAUCAAUAAACGCAAAAUGACCAUUCAUCCACUCCCUUCCAUGCUUGUCAUAGCAAACCUACUCUUCUUUUCGCACCAAAUUUCCUCCGAAACUGACACGCUCACCCAGUUUCAGUCACUUCCCGAUGGAACCAGAACCACCUUGGUAUCCAAAGAUGGAACCUUCGAGUUGGGUUUCUUCAGCCCAGGUAGUUCCACAAACCGCUACCUAGGAAUCUGGUUCAAGAACAUCCCACUAAAAACCGUCGUUUGGGUCGCCAACCGUGACAACCCUAUCAACAACAACUCCACCAAGUUAACCAUAGCCAAAGAAGGAAACCUGGCCCUCCUCACCGAAAACGACACCGUUCACUGGUCAACAAACGCAACAGCAAAAGCGAUCAACAUCAACGUUGUAGCACAACUCUUGGAUUCAGGAAACUUGGUCCUAAGAGACGAGAAAGACAACUAUUCUCAAAACUUGUUGUGGCAAAGCUUCGACCAUCCUUCGGACACGCUUUUACCAGGAAUGAAACUAGGAUGGGAAGUAACAAAGGAUGUUAAUCUCAACAGGUACCUCACUGCAUGGAACAACUGGGAAGACCCAUCUUCGGGUCACUUCACUUAUGGCUUCUCGAGAAGCACUAUUCCCGAGAAGCAAAUGUGGAACGGGUCAUCAUUGGUCUUCCGAAACGGUCCUUGGAAUGGUAUUCGAUUCAGCGGCACACCCUCGUUGAAGCACCGCGCAUUGUUCGGUCUUACUUACAUGUACGACGGGGACGAGUGUUAUUUCCAAUUCUACCCCAAGGACAAGUCGUUGAUUUCCAGAAUCGUCCUCAACCAAACCCUAUACGUUCUUCAGCGUUUCAUUUGGGUCGAGGGAAGUCAAAAGUGGGAGUUGUACAUGACUGUUCCAGGAGGAUACUGUGACGGGUAUAACCACUGUGGCUCCUUCGGGUACUGUGCCAUGGUGGGUAAGUCUCCGCUGUGCGAGUGUUUGCAUGGGUUUGAACCAAAAUCGCCGCGGAAUUGGGUUGCAAGGAAUUGGAGUGAAGGGUGCGUGCGUAGUAGCAAAACAUGGAGGUGUAGGGAGAAAAACAAUGACGGUUUCGUCUUGUUUAGUAACAUGAAGGUUCCGGACACAAACACGUCGUGGAUUAAUAGAAGUAUGACAAUAGAGGAAUGUAAGGCCAAGUGUUGGGAAAAUUGUUCGUGUACUGCGUAUGCUAACUCAGACAUCAUUGGAAAGGGAAGUGGUUGUAUUCUCUGGUUUGGCGAUCUAUUGGACAUGAGACAGCUUCCAAAUGCAGGGCAAGAUCUGUACGUUAGAGUCUACAUCUCCCAAAUGGAAAAUCAAGAUGCAAAAGGUGGUUCAACUUCUAGGAAAGUGGUAGUUGUGGUCACAACAGUUGUUUCAUCUGUUAUUAUUGCGAUGGUUGCAAUUUUCAUGCUCGUUUACUGCAACAGUAAAACCAAAUUUAGAGGCAAAGAUAACAUCAAGACAAAAGUUAAAAUAGAUGAGGACAAAGAAGAUUUGGAGCUGCCUUUAUUUGACUUUGAUACCAUAGCAUGUGCUACUAAUGAUUUCUCAAGUGACAACAAGCUUGGACAAGGUGGUUUUGGUCCAGUAUAUAAAGGCACAUUACCAGAUGGACAAGAUAUUGCAGUCAAAAGGCUUUCACAUACAUCUACACAAGGAUUAACAGAAUUUAAGAAUGAGGUUAUAUUUUGUUCUAAACUUCAACAUCGGAAUCUUGUUAAAGUUCUUGGUUGUUGUAUCGAAGAACAAGAGAAAUUACUCAUUUAUGAGUACAUGCCCAACAAAAGUCUAGACUUCUUUCUUUUUGAUUAUUCUCAAAGCAAACUUCUAGAUUGGUCCAAGCGAUACAACAUUAUAAAUGGAAUUGUCCGGGGAUUGCUUUAUCUUCACCAAGAUUCUAGAUUGAGGAUCAUACAUAGAGAUUUAAAAACAAGUAAUAUUUUGCUAGAUAAUGACAUGAAUCCAAAAAUUUCUGAUUUUGGGUUAGCCCGAAUGUGUAGAGGUGAUCAGGUUGAAGGGAAUACAAGUAGAGUUGUUGGUACAUAUGGUUAUAUGGCACCUGAAUAUGCAAUUGAUGGAGUAUUUUCUAUCAAAUCUGAUGUCUAUAGCUUUGGUAUCUUACUACUAGAAGUUUUAAGUGGAAAGAAAAACAAAGGCAUUUCCUGUUCUAACGACAACAAUAAUCUUGUUGGACAUGCAUGGAGGUUAUGGAAAGAGUGUACCCCAAAGGAAUUCAUUGAUACUUGCAUGGGAGAUUCUUACAUUUUAUCUCAAGUCUUGCGAUGCAUUCAUAUUGGUCUUUUAUGUGUGCAACAUCAGCCUAAUGAUAGACCAAAUAUGACAUCUGUGGUUGUAAUGUUAACCAGUGAAAAUGCUUUGCCACAACCAAAAGAACCUAUUUUCUUAACAGAAAUGGUUUCAACUGAAGAAGAUUCUGGACAAAAGGUGUACUAUUCAACUAAUGAAGUAACUAUCUCAAAGUUGGAACCGAGAUAAUGAAUUGUUUUAUUUCUUACUACACACACAAGUGAUAAUGAGUUGGGUUUUGUUCUAUUAUACUAAAUUUAUGAAUUAGCUUUUAGCCAAAGUUGGGUGUACUUGAAUAAUUGUAGCGAAUUUAAAAUCUUGAUUUCAACCUAUAAUCUUACUAUUGUUGUGUAUCUUAAUAUUUAACUCAUAAGAAAAAUUUUGUUUUU